GCCCUGCCCUGUGUUGGAUACGUGAGGGGCGUGGCCGCGCGGAAAGUCGCGAUGGGGGCGUGACCUGGAACCCGGGCUGGGCAGACUGGCCUCUGGCUGACAGAUCUGUCCGCUCUAGGUCCUGGCACUGACCUUUCCCCCCACGGUGCCAUCUCAUGGAGACCCCCGACGCCUCCGCCCCUGCCUGGAGCUUCUUUCCCUCCUUCUUGUUCCUGGUCUGCGGAACCCUAGGGGCCGCCCUGUUGGGUGCCGCGCAUCGCCUGGGGCUCUUCUAUCAGUUGAUGCACAAGGUGGACAAGGCAAGCAUCCGGCAUGGUGGGGAGAAUGUGGCCGCCGUGCUGAGGGCCCAUGGUGUGCAGUUCCUCUUCACACUGGUUGGUGGGCACAUUUCACCAGUGCUGGUGGCCUGUGAGAAGCUGGGCAUCCGCGUGGUGGACACACGCCAUGAAGUCACGGCGGUUUUUGCUGCUGACGCUGUGGCCCGCCUGACUGGGACGGUGGGUGUGGCAGUGGUGACAGCAGGACCAGGACUCACCAACACAGUGACUGCAGUGAAGAAUGCGCAGAUAGCUCAGUCCCCAGUGCUGCUGCUGGGUGGCGCUGCUAGCACUCUGCUGCAGAACCGGGGUGCACUUCAGGCCAUUGAUCACAUGUCCCUUUUCCGGCCUCUCUGCAAGUUCUGUGCAUCUGUGCGGAGGGUGAGGGACAUCAUGCCCACCCUGAGGGCUGCGAUGGCUGCUGCCCAGUCAGGCACACCAGGCCCAGUGUUUGUGGAGCUACCCAUUGAUGUGCUGUACCCCUACUUCAUGGUCCGGAAGGAGAUGGUGCCAGCCAAGCCACCCAAGGGCCUUUUAGGUCAAGUGGUCUAUUGGUACUUAGAAAAUCACCUGGCUAACCUCUUUGCAGGAGCCUGGGAGCCCCAGCCUGAGGGGCCUCUGCCUUUGGACAUACCGCAGGCACCUCCUCAGCAGGUUCAGCGCUGUGUGGAGAUCUUGAGCCGGGCCAAAAAACCCCUCCUAUUGCUGGGGAGCCAGUCCACCCUGCCCCCGAUAUCUGCCGACAAGCUUCGGGCUGCUGUGGAGACCUUGGGCAUCCCCUGCUUCCUGGGGGGGAUGGCACGGGGGCUGCUGGGCUGCAACCACCCCCUCCACAUCCGGCAGAACCGCAGCGCUGCCCUGAAGAAGGCUGAUGUUGUCAUCCUGGCAGGAAUUGUGUGUGACUUCCGCCUGUCCUACGGCCGUGUCCUCAACCGCAGCAGCAAGAUCAUCAUUGUCAACCGGAACCGGAAAGAGAUGUUGUUAAAUUCAGACAUGUUCUGGAAGCCCCAUGAGGCUGUGCAGGGAGAUGUGGGCUCCUUUGUGCUGAAGCUGGUAGAGGGCCUUCGAGGCCAGAUAUGGGCCUCGGACUGGACAGAGGAGUUGAAACAAGCUGACCGGCAGAAGGAGCAGGCCUUUCGGGAGAAGGCAGCAGUGCCUGUAGCCCAUCAUCUGAACCCAGUGAGGGUGUUGCAGCUGGUGGAGGAUACUCUGCCUGACAACUCAAUUCUGGUGGUUGACGGUGGGGACUUCGUAGGCACUGCUGCCCACCUGGUGCAGCCUCGUGGUCCACUCUGCUGGCUGGAUCCUGGGGCCUUUGGGACUCUGGGGGUUGGCGCAGGAUUUGCACUUGGGGCUAAACUGUGUCGGCCAGAUGCUGAGGUCUGGUGCCUGUUUGGGGAUGGAGCCUUUGGUUACAGUCUUAUUGAAUUUGACACUUUCGUCAGACACAAGAUCCCAGUGAUGGCCUUGAUAGGGAAUGAUGCUGGCUGGACCCAGAUUUCUCGGGAGCAGGUGCCAAGUCUGGGCAGCAAUGUGGCCUGUGGCUUGGCCUACACUGAUUAUCAUAAAGCGGCCAUGGGUUUGGGAGCCCAGGGCUUGCUGCUUUCACGGGAGAAUGAGGAUCAGGUGGUCAAGGUACUGCGUGAUGCCCAGCAGCAAUGCCGAGAUGGCCACCCAGUGGUGGUCAACAUCCUCAUUGGGAAGACAGACUUUCGUGAUGGUGCCAUUUCCAUAUAGGGCUUUAAGGGUCAGUGCCCUUGGGUCUCUCCCCACCCUGGACUGUGCCCAGCUGGUUUGGAGUCUUAUUCUUGCCUGCUUUGGGUUUUUUUCAUGAGGCCCAGUGACUCUACAUCCCUCCCGGAGGAGAAGGGGCUGAGACUCGCCUCUUGUAGUGCCAGAGAGCACCUGGGACUUCUUUGUGGGCCCAACUAUGCCCUUUCCCCCAUCUCUUACAUAUUGAAUAAACCACUUGUGGUCCAUGUGGAUCCAAUUACUCA